UGGUGGCGGCGGGCGUGGACUGCCACGUGUCCUUUUGUCGCACGUCUUCGUCCCGCCCCUCCCCUCCCCUCCCCUCCCUGUUCUCUUCCCGCCACGUGGCGUGUGGAAUACUCGCACGCCUGCGCGCGCGAGAGAGAGAGAGAGAGGAGUCUCUGUCCUGUGGUGUGUCAAUUUGCUACGCGGCGUGUGACUUUUUCGCCUAUCCACGUGUCAGUCUGCUGCGCCACGUGUCGUGUGAUUUUUCGCCUGCGGUGUGUCAGAAGUUGCCACGUGGCGUGAGAGUGGAAACUUCCGCCUGCGACCUGCAGCUCGUUGAACUUCUGGCGAUGGCGGAAGUCGCUGCUGACGUGGCAGCACCAGCGACUACUGCUGCUGACGUGUCGCAGAACGGAGAUGGGGCAGAGCGCGCCGCCACGUCAGCAGGUGACACCGUGACAUCGGCCCAGCUGGUCACACCGUGGGAAGUGUCGGGCGGCGCUGAUGGGAAGAUUGAUUACGACAGAUUAGUAGAACAAUUUGGUUGUCAGAAAAUCGAUCAAAGUGUGAUUGAUCGGAUCGAACGGCUGACAGGUCAGCGCGCCCAUCCGUUCUUACGGCGAGGAGUCUUCUUCUCGCACAGAGACCUGAACGAGAUCUUGAAUCUGUAUGAGAAGGGCAAGAAAUUCUAUCUGUACACUGGGAGGGGACCUUCAUCAGAGGCGCUUCAUUUGGGCCAUUUGGUGCCCUUUUACUUCUGCAAGUACUUGCAAGAUGCAUUCAAAGUGCCUCUGGUGAUUCAGAUGACAGAUGAUGAGAAGUGCAUCUGGAGAAAUUUGUCCGUGGAGGAGAGCCGUCGGUUGGCACGGGAGAAUGUCAAAGAUAUCAUUGCUUGUGGAUUUGAUAUGUCCAGAACAUUCAUCUUUUGCGACUUCGAUUAUGUUGGAGGCGAGUUCUAUCGGAAUAUGGUGAGGAUUGGGAAAUGUAUCACGAUCAACCAGGCCCGAGGGAUUUUUGGAUUUAUCGGAGAAGAUUAUGUUGCGAAGAUGGCUUUCCCUCCUGUGCAGGCUGCGCCGUCAUUUCCCACGUCAUUUCCACAUCUAUUUGGUAAUAGGAAGGAUAUCCGAUGCUUGAUUCCCUCAGCAAUUGAUCAGGACCCAUACUUCAGAAUGACUAGAGAUGUCGCGCCGAGGAUCGGACUGCAGAAGCCAGCUACUAUCUACUCCAGAUUCUUUCCAGCACUGCAGGGGGAGAGUGGGAAGAUGAAUGCAAGUGAUCAGAGGUCAGCGAUCUUUGUGACGGAUACUCCCAAGGAGAUUAAGACGAAGAUUAACAAGUAUGCAUUCUCAGGGGGAGGUGCAACCAUUGAGGAGCACAGAAAGUUCGGUGCCAACCUGGAUGAAUAUGGAGCUGGCAGGAUGCUAACUGGGGAGGUGAAGAAGCGCCUUAUCGAGGUCUUGACGGCGUUGGUUGGUAAUCAGCAAAAGGCGCGCGCUAAGGUGACAGAUGAGGCGGCUCUGCAGAGCCCUGCUGUCAGAAAUGAGAUCAGUCGGUCACUCUCCUUGCAUAAGGUGUACUGUGCGCUCUACCGUGCAAAGUCCUCUGCAUGGGCACGCACUGCGACCCUGACGUGCUCUGGGAGAUGCGGUGUCUGUUACAGUAGGCAACGGCACAGGGGCCUGCUCAGUGCGCUGUGUGUGCACAGGACAUGUCAGUAGGGGUUCCGGGCAGUAGGUGUGUCCAGUCCCCGCAUGAUCCUGAUCCAUGAGAGGUGCUUUCUGUCCAGCCAUUUUGCU